AAGUUAUUCUCUCUCUCUCUCUCUCUUAGUACGGAAGACGAGAAGACCCGCCUUUUCUUCUUUUUCUUCUUUUUUUCUUCUUUUCUCAUCUUUUUCUUCUCCCACUUCUUCUUUCUCAGUCCGUCUGUCCAGCAAUCAACUUGGUCGGUUUCAUUUCCUAUGUUCUCUGUUCUCUGUCCGACGCUCUCUCAUUUGGGUUCCUCUCUCAGUUAGGAUCACCAGCGCAACCCCCCCUUUUUCUCUCUGUUUUUCUCAUUCCGGUCAAUUUAAGUCUCAGUCUCGUAAGGUUGACUCUUGUUUGAAAAUGGCGGAAGUUGGCCAAGGGUCCAUAGAUGGAAGAAGAGGAGGAGGAGGUGGUGCCGAUGACUUCAUGGACAUCGUCUUCUCUUGGUCCCUCCAAGAUGUAUACGAUGAGACUCUCUACAAGAACCAGGUGGAGAAGAUCCCGGAAAGAUUUGAUUCGGUUGAGCAGUAUCUAGGUUCCUUCAUCUAUCCCUUCUUAGAAGAAACAAGAGCUGAAGUAUGCUCGAGCUUGGAUGCAAUCGCGACGUCACCUUAUGCUGAAGUUACAGGAUUUGAGGAAAGCAAGCCCCAUGGGACAAACCUAUACAACAUUAAGGUUGACCAGUGGAGAAACCGAUUAACUGAACCAGGCAAGGAGCCCUACCAGACUCGGCCGGGUGACCUUUUGAUUCUAGCAGAUGCGAAGCCCGAGACAGUUUCUGAUCUGCAGAGGAUAGGAAGAUUCUGGGCAUUUGCUUUUGUCACUGGGAUCUCAUACAAUGAUGAUGGCGACGACAUGGAUACAAACAUCAAAGGCGGCGAAGAAUUGAAUGCAGUGAACUUCAAAAUUACAAUAGGGGAGGAGAUGGAAGAGAUGGUUCACAAGCAGUUAUAUGUUAUUUUCAUGGUGAAUUUGACCACCAAUAAAAAGACAUGGAAAUCUUUGCACAUGCAUGGGAACUGGGAUAUUCUGAAGGAAGUUUUGUGCACAGAUUCCGUGGGUGAGGAAGGGUGCAAUCUCUGCCUCAUGCAGGGCAAUGAAGAUGUUGUUGCUGGGAGUUUAUUGAGUUAUCUGAACGAGUCCCAAAAGGAAACUGCUCUGUCAUGUCUUUAUAAAACCCAAUGUCAGCACAGACAUAUUAUAAAACUCAUACGGGGUCCACCAGGGACUGGAAAAACGAAGACUGUCAGUACGAUGCUCUUCACUCUUCUGAAUAUGAAAUGCAAGACCCUUGUGUGUGCCCCGUCAAACGUUGCAGUUAAGGAAGUUGCAUCUCGGGUUCAAAGGCUCGUGAGGGAUUCGUCUUUGGUGAGUUACGGAGAUAUUCUUCUCUUUGGGCGUAAGGACCGCCUUAAAAUGGAUUCAUACACUGAAGAAAUUUACUUGGAAUAUCGGGUGGAUCGGAUAAGAGAAUGCCUUGCACCGUUAACGGGUUGGAGGAAUUGCAUAGCUUCAAUGAUAACUCUUCUAGAGGAUUCUGUUCAGCAAUACAAUAUAUUUGUUGAAAAUGAAUCUGUCGGAAAUAGCAACAACGAGGAGGAGAAAAGCCACAAUGUGGGUCAGAGAAAACCAUUUAUCGAGUUCAUCAGGGAGAGAUACUCAUCGACAUUGGGACCCCUUGAUAGAUGCAUUUCUAUCUUAUGUAUUCACAUUUCCAGGAGUUACAUGUCCAAAGAUAUUUUUGACAAUAUGAUGGGGCUUCCUGGGCACCUUAAAUCAUUCGGUAAAUUAUUAUUCCAGAAGGAUUCAAAUUUGUUCUCUUCAAGAUUGGAGGAGGCAUUUUCCCGUAAAGCAACUGACAGGCUUUCUACGAAGACUCCCAGGGACCCACUUUUGACUUUAUACUUGAAGAGAUGUGAAUGCCUUUCUGCCUUGGCAGUUGUCCAGGAUUCGCUCAAUAGGCUGAAGCUUCCUAGCUUUAUGAGUAAGGACUUGAUAAGAGAGUUUUGCUUUCAAUCUGCUACGUUGUUUUUUUGCACAGCUUCCAACACAUAUAAGCUGCAUUUUGUGGAUAUGGAGCCACCGAAGCUCUUGGUGAUCGAUGAAGCAGCUCAGUUGAAAGAAUGUGAAUCUGUGGUCCCUCUUCAACUUGCUGGACUUAGCCACGCUGUUCUUGUUGGGGAUGAGCGUCAGUUACCAUCUAUAGUGAAAAGCAAAGUCUCUGAUGAAGCUAGCUUUGGUCGAAGUUUGUUUGAAAGAUUAAGUUCACUUGGAAAAUCUAAGCAUUUACUCGACAUCCAGUAUCGAAUGCACCCUUCAAUAAGUCACUUUCCUAAUCGCAUGUUUUAUGGUGGCCAAAUUCAAGAUGCUGCAAUUGUCAAGGCCCAGAGUUACAUUAGGCGUUAUCUACCAGGGUCAAUGUUUAGUCCAUAUGCAUUUAUAAAUAUUUCUGAUGGAAGAGAAGAACAUGACGACAAAGGGACCUCUCUGAGGAAUCUCGUGGAGGUGGCUGUUGCAUUGAAGUUAUUGAAGUAUCUCCAACAAGCAUGGAGCUCGUCAUCAAAGCAAAAGCUGAGGAUUGGCAUAAUAUCACCCUAUGCGGCUCAAGUUGGAGCAAUUCGUGCAAGACUUGGAAAGAAAUAUGAAGACUCUGAAAAUUCCGGGGGCUUUGUGGUGAAUGUGAAGACAGUGGACGGGUUUCAAGGCGGCGAGGAAGACAUCAUAAUAAUAUCUACCGUGAGAUCGAAUCCUCAGGGUAACAUCGGGUUCUUAGCCAAUUGUAACAACACAAAUGUUGCUUUGACCCGAGCAAGGCAUUGUCUUUGGAUUUUGGGGAACGAGAGAACGCUGCGGAGGAGUUCAUUGAAGACAAAGCAAUCAGUAUGGGAAGCAUUGGUUAAUGAUGCCAUCGAACGACAGUGUUUCUUCAAUGCAGAAGAUGACGAGGGUUUGGCAAAGACCAUCUUAGAAGUCAAGAAAGAAUAUGAUCAGCUCGAUGAUCUGCUCAGUGGGAGCAGUGUGCUCUUUAGAAGCGCUAGGUGGAAGGUCAUUUUUAGCGAGAACUUUCGUCAGUCUUUCCGAAAGUUGAUUUCACGCCAGAUGAAGCUGUCAGUGAUAAACCUUCUGUUGAAGCUCUCUAAUGGAUGGAGACCUAAGAGGAGAGACAUGAACAUGAUCUGCGAGAACUCCCUACAGAUUGUGAAACAAUUUAAAGUUGAGAGUCUCUAUGUUUUGUGCACAGUUGACAUAGAAAAGGACUUCAAUUACGUUCAAGUCUUGAAGGUUUGGGACGUAUUGCCAUCAGAAGAUAUCCCGAAGACGGUCAAACGCCUUGAUGGCAUUUAUGAAACAUACAGCAAUGACUAUAUCGAUCGUUGCAAGGAGAAAUCUCUUGAUGGGCUCCUGGAAGUUCCAAAGUCUUGGCAAGCACCUUUCAAUUUUCGUCGCAGUGGAAAUUCUUCUACUGAAAAUCAGGAAGGUCAUGAUUUGGACAGUGUCUUGGAUUCUUGCUCAUAUGCAGAGAAUUCGAAGGUGAACGACAGUUUACUCCUGAUGAAGUUUUACCCACUGUCCUCGGACAUUGUGAACCACUUGCUAUCAGACAAAGAUGGGAAAGAAGUGGAACUCCCAUUUGAAGUGACAAAUGAAGAAAGGGAGAUCAUCAACUUCCCCCGGAGCACUUUCAUACUUGGACGUUCUGGCACUGGGAAGACCACUAUUCUAACGAUGAAGUUGUUUAAGAAAGAGCAGCUUUACCAGAUGGCUUUAAAUAGAGAUGGCAAUGGAGGGUUCAGCGACAGAACAAACAAUGAGGAGAGGGAUGAAGAUCCUAACACAGAUGGGUUGCAUCAGCUUUUUGUUACCGUCAGUCCCAAACUCUGUUUUGCUGUCAGACGACACAUUUCUCAAUUGAAGAGCUUUGCAUGUGGAAGGAAUAUUUUGCCUGAAAGCCCUUCAGGUGAUAUCGAUUUUAUAGACAGCACAGACCAGUUCAAGGACAUUCCAGACUCUUUUUUUGAUAUACCUCCCAAGUCGUAUCCGCUCGUCGUUACUUUCCAAAAGUUUCUGAUAAUGCUUGAUGGAACCAUUGGUGUUUCAUACUUUGAGAGGUUCCCCGAUUUAAGGAAAAUUUGCAGGGGCAAAGUCGGGCCUAUAAGAUCUCUUGCCUUGCAAACUUACGUGAGAGCAAAGGAGGUAAAUUAUGAGAAGUUCUGCACAACUUAUUGGCCCCAUUUCAAUGAGGCACUCAUGAGGAAGUUCGACCCUUCGAGAGUAUUUACUGAGAUUAUAUCUCAUAUCAAAGGCGGUAUACGAGUUGUAGAUUCUUCUAAUGGCAGGAUCAGUCGAGAGGACUAUGUUUUACUUUCAGAAGGUCGUGCCUCAACUCUAACAGUUGAUGAACGUGAGAAAAUGUAUGAUAUUUUCCUGGACUACGAGAAGAUGAAAGCAAGGAAUGGUGAGUUUGAUCUCUCUGAUCUUGUCAAUGAUCUCCACUCUCGUCUCCAACAUGAAAAAUGGAAGGGUGAUAGGAUGGAAUUUGUUUAUAUAGAUGAAGUUCAAGACCUUACUAUGAGACAGAUUGCACUAUUUAAGAAUAUUUCAAGUAAUGUCGAGGAAGGCUUCGUUUUCUCUGGUGACACUGCUCAAACUAUUGCAAGGGGAAUAGAUUUCCGAUUCGAGGAUAUCAGAUUCUUGUUCUACAAGGAAUUCUCGCAUGGAUUGGGAGAUGAGGUUCAGCAAAAUUUGCAUAAAGGCAGAAUCUCCAAGGUUUUUCACCUGUCUCAGAAUUUUCGGACCCAUGCAGCCAUUCUCAAGCUAGCACAGAGUGUCAUCAACCUUCUCAGUCAUUAUUUUCCAUUAUUGAUUGACAUUCUCAGCCCUGAAGUGAGUCGGAUAUGUGGGGAAGCCCCAAUUUUCCUGGAGUCGGGAAAUGAAGAGAAUGCCAUCAUAUCAAUCUUUGGAAACAACCUUAGUGUGGGAGUGAAUGUAGUCGGUUUUGGAGCGGAGCAAGUCAUAUUAGUUCGGGAUGAUUGUGCUCGACAUGAAGUGUUGAACUAUGUGGGGAAGCAAGCCCUCAUUUUAACUGUGGUGGAGUGCAAAGGUUUAGAGUUUCAGGACGUGCUCUUGUACAACUUUUUUGGUUCGUCGCCAAUGAAGAAUCAAUGGAGGGUCAUCUACGAGUACAUGAAGGAACAAAAUUUACUAGAUAACAGCUUUCCCAGAGGGUUCCCGAACUUCGACUUAGCAAAGCACAAUAUCUUGUGCUCUGAACUGAAGCAAUUAUAUGUUGCCAUCACUCGAACAAGGCAGAGGCUGUGGAUCGUUGAGAGCAACAUGGAAUUUUCGAAACCCAUGUUUGAUUACUGGAAAAAGCUCUGCCUCAUCCAAGUGAGGAAGUUAGACAAUUAUCUUGCAGAAGAGAUGAAGGUUGCAAGCACUCCUGAGCAAUGGAAAUCACAGGGUUGGAAGCUCAUGGAUGAGAACAACUACGAGAUGGCAACAAUGUGCUUUGAACGAGCACAAUUUGCACUGGGAGAGAAAUUUGCAAGGGCCGCAGGGCUAAAUGCUGCAGCAGAUCAAAUGAGCAUCUCAAAUCCUGAGGAGGCUUCUCACUUCCGGAGGCAGGCGGGGGAGAUGUAUGAGUCCAUUGGAAAGAAUGAACGUGCUGCCCAGUGUUUCCUUGCUCUGAAGGAUUAUGAGAGAGCAGGGACACUUUUCGAGUCUAUAGGAAUGGCGGAAUUUGCCGCCGAGUGUUUCUACGAAUUGAAAGAGUAUGAAAGGGCAGGAAGUAUUUACUUGGAGAAGUGUGGAGAAUCCAGUCUGGAAAGAGCCGGAGAGUGUUUCCUCCUUGCCGGCUGCUGCAGUCAGGCAGCAGAUGUGUACUCAAAGGGCAACUUUUUGUCCCAGUGCUUGUCUGCUUGUGCUCAAGGAAAUCUCUUUGAGUUGGGCUUGUCGUAUAUACAAAGCUGGAAAGAAGGAGCCAAAACAUCUAAACCAGAUACUGUUAAAAUCGAGCAGGACUUCUUGGAGACUUGUGCACAUCACUAUUAUAAACAGAAGAACUUCAAAAUGAUGAUGAGAUUCGUUAAGGUAUUUCCAUCUAUGGAGGCAAUGCGAAGCUUUUUGAGGAGUUUGAACUGCCUUGAGGAGCUUCUGUCUAUGGAGGAAGAGUUUGGAAACUUCUUAAAAGCAGCUGAUGUGGCAAAGCUAAAAGGUGACACCCUUCUCGAGGCUCGCUUGCUCGGUAAAGGUGGACACUUUAAGGAGGCAUCGAUGUGUAUCCUUUGGUACGUAUUGUACUCUUCUCUUUGGGGGACACCGGGAAGCAGGGGAUGGCCCCUGAAGAAGUUUGAAGGCAAAAAGGACCUCCUCAGGAGAGCUAAAUCCUAUGCGAUUCUUGUGUCUGAGCACUUCUACCAUUAUGCACAGAUUGAGUCGACAGUCUUGCUUGACGAAGUUAUUAGUUUGCCCGAAUUGGGGGAAUUGUUGAGUGGUUCCAGCAGAAACAAGAACAUCACCGGCGAAAUAUUGUGCUCUUGGAAGAUUCUGGACGUGCAUUUAAAAUCAGAUGUCUCUCUGUUUUGUUGUGAAGACAAUUUGGUUCCUGAUUUUAAGGAUUUCUCAGAGAAACAAAUUUUGAGGAAUCAGGUUUCUGUGGAAGCAAUGUUCUACUUUUGGAGUCUCUGGAGAGAUGAGAUCAUUUGCAUUAUUGAUAACGUCCAGUGUCUUGAGAAGCAGGAAGCAAAUGAGUACACGUCUUACGUGGAGUUCUGUUUGAAUUACAUGGGUGUCUUGAAGCUCUAUAAUUCCAAAGCAGAACCAAUUUAUCUUCUCCUCAAUCCUGAAGCAGAGUGGGCAAGAAACAUUGGGGAUGGGUCCUUUAGGAGAAACGGGAAGUUGGUCCCGUUGGAGCUUCGACAUUUUGUCGUUGCUGCUAAGAAGUACUGGGGCUCGGAGCUAGUUUCUGUCACAAUCAAAGUGUUGCACUGUCUUGAUGCCCUUUACAAGUUAAGGUCAUCAGUCUCAGUCGGGAUUUCAAAACCUGAGUAUUCUCAGUGCAGGGUACUAAUACAUAUCUACGAGGUAGCAGAGUUUCUCUUAACGUCGAAGUCUUUGAUUUGUCACCACUCUGACAAGCAGGUAAUAUGGAAUUUCAUCAGAGAUUCGACAUUGAGGUACUUAUCCUGCGUCUUUCCUCUGGAUUGGAGGAGUUCCUUGAGAGCAAACAUAGUCUCUCUUAGAGGAAGCAAGGCUUCUUCUCGUUUGCUAAGACAGGCAUUUGAACUUGUCAACCCAAAGAAGAAGCUCACUUAUGGGCAGAUCGGUCAGCUCACAAUGAUCAUUCUCGGGUCGGGUAAGCUCGAUAGUCCUUCAUAUUUGAAAGUCUUAGAGUGCUUUCAGGAGGAUACUCCUUGGAAAAUACUCUUUGAUUGUCUCCAUCAAGAGAAGGGACGGGGAAGUUCUCGCAAUGUUUUCUCAGAAGUUUCUGCGGUUCAGAAAUUUCACGAGGCCCUAGCAGAAACUUUCAAUGCUAACUGGAGAAAAGAAGUCGACUACAUCUCGCCUUCCUGCUUCUUAUACCUUCUCGAGCGGCUUCUUAUUCUCUCAUCCAGUUUCCGCCCACAUAUGUUUACUACUGAGUCGGGUUUUGUCGAAUGGCUCAUGUUCCACGAAGGGGACACAAUGGUGCGUCCUAAUUCAGUUCCCUACCCAGUAGAACCUUUCGAGCUCAUUCUUGAGUUUAUUCCUUAUGCGAUUCAACUUCUUCUACGCAAUAGAUCCGACACCGUGGAAUGGAUAGGAAAAUCAGGAGUGACUGAGAGGGAACAAUACCAUCGGCUUUUGGUCUUAAAGCUGUUUAUGCUGCUGUCACUUCUGCACAUAAAUUUUUCUGUGUGUGGGGAUUUGCUCUGUAAGUUGCUUACCACAUGGUAUAUAUCAGAUUACCUUCCUCGCGAAUUUUUCAAUCCCCUUUGGAGAGCAUUCAAGCAUGGGAAUGAGCUCGAGAUUACUGUUCCGGCAAUAGCAGAAGCAUUUAGAAGGGUCAAUGAUCCUCUCGUAAUCAUCAGUUGGGAGAGAGAUUUUUCAAAUCCAGUACCAAGAGAUGCUUUGUGUGUUGAAAUUACUAAAUAUAGGACAAGCGAGGAUGUACUGAGGUUUCUCUUUCCUGACAUUGCCAAGGCCCGGAAACAUCAGGGAGACGCUUUAAAGGAUGGAGCUGAGAAUUCCUCCUCCAAUGUUCGCCCCUCGAGCAGCAAUGAUCUUGGCGAAAAUUCGGAGAUGGGGGUUUCAUCUGAUAUUGUUGAGGAAACAUCUUCAAUCGGUGAAAGCCCCAGUGAAAAUAUCAAAACUGUGAUGGAGCUGUGGAAGGUCGUAGAUAUGCUUGAAUCUGUUGGCAAGGUUGAAGAUCAGCCAGGGAUUGUCUCCUCCGCAAAGGCACUUAAGGUUGACUUUGAUAAGUGUUUGUCUGAAUUCUAUCAAGCUCUUAAUGAACACAUCUGGGAAGCUAAGGGAAAUUUUUCGGGGGAAGAAGCCCUACCUGACACAUUCAGGCAGAACCUUUCGGGAAUGCUCGAUGAUCUUAGACAACUCCAUGCUGCCUUAAGUUUCAGUCUCAGUGAUCGGAAGCUUGAAGAUAAGAUUUCUGCGAUUGUGGAGAUAUCCAGGAGGUUGCAAUUGCGAAGGCCCAUGUUGGAGCAUUUCUUGUGUCAUAUGUUCCAAGAGAGAAGCAACGGUGCCGAGGUUAACCCUGAGGAUUCACGUGCUUCGACUGCUACAAGAAAGGGAAUUGAAAACAAAAAUCAGGGGAACAACAAAUCGAAAGCGAAGAAAAAGAGUAAAAGAGGGCGGAAGUAACUAGGAAUGGCCUCAUAAUACCUCGACAUGCCCUUUUGUUGAAUGUAUAUAUGUGAAUCUGCGUACUGUGUGAAAGAAUGAGAGUAUUACAUGACGAUGUCAUCGUGUCGAGGGCACAAUCAAAUUUAAAUGUGUACCUGAUUCCAUCGUUUGGCAAUCCAAGUCGAAUAUCGGGUUAUCGGGCUUUGAGUCUAGAAGAUCGACAAUUCCUUUCCUAUUUCCCUUUU